CCUGAGCUUGUUGAGCAUCUUUAUGAUGGAUAUUUGAAUUAUUUGUCAGAUAUAUAUGUCAGAUAACUCAUAUACCUCCUUUACUUUAGGGUCAGUUCCUGGAGACUUAUUUUGUUGUUUUGGCUUUGUGCCAUGUUUCCUUGUUUCUUUGUUUGCUUUGUACCUUUGUGUUGGAUCCAUGCAUUUAAGAAAAUAGCCACUUCGCCAAGUCUUUAUAAAUUGGCUUUGUACAAGCAAAGACCUUCACAAAUCAGCCUAAUUAGAGAUUCUGGGGUCCUCUUAGAUAUUUUCUGUGUAUAUUUCUUCUCUGAGUUUGUGUAUGCAAAUUUUUAAUUAAGCAGAUUUGUUUGUUCACAUCUCAUUUAGUUCUUAGUGUCCCCGAAGCUUCUAGAGUAUACUGAACCAUAUCAGUAUUUUUAAUCUAGUAAAAUAGAUUAAAGUCUGUUUUAAAGUAAAACAAGUUUCUUGGUCAGACCCCAAAAAGCUAUAACAUUGAACACACACUUUACUCUUCUCUCUCCCCUCCCAGAUGGAGAAACCGUUGAGCUAUGUUAACCUCCAUCUUCUUUACUGCACCUCCUGCGGAAUAGCAGCAAAUCACUCACAUCUCUUUUGUUUUCAGCAUUCCUCAGACAUCUAGAGUAUGACAGCCCUGUCAGCCUUCUGAGAAAGAUGAGACACAAACCUAUUUCUCUAGCAGUUCCCCCAAAAAGACAGAAUGUGGGACAUAGGCCACAACUUUUUCCCUUUCUAGAGAGAAGCUGAGACUUGGGAGUUUUCACCCUCUCAUUCUAUGCCAAGCUGGGAGGAGGGAUUAUGGAAGAAGCCAAGAAUUGGGAGUUUUCUUCUGAUCAUACUAUGCUGAGUUGGGCAGAGAGACCAUGGCAAGGUCACACAGCACAAGUUGAAGCCGAGAUUCAAACUCAGUCUGGUUCCAGAGCCUGUGAAGUGCCUAUGGAAGACAUUCACGUGGAGAUGGAUACUCAUAUGAAUGAAAUAGACGAAACAGCCAACUUGCAAGAUAUCACUGCUUCUUUUAAGAAUGAUGGGUUUCCAAGGUGAUACAUGAAACAAGAGAUAAUGACCACCUAUCUCCUUCAUCCUGGUCACACAGGAAGGUAGGCUAUGGACUCCUUUUGACAUUUCUGCCUCAGCAGCAGAGGAUAAAAGCCAAGCUGUGAUGGAUAAAUCACAAAAGUAAGAAAUACAGACGUCAACUACAGGCCUCUGAAGAACUGAGCGUGCUGAGGAUUUAUGCCAGACAUUGGACAUUUUUGAGGUGUUAGGAGGGACUGGUAACAUCUGAACAUACCAAACCAAACAGGCUAACUCUUCCACCAUCACUAUCACGACAUUUUACCACAAAAGCAUGCCACUCCAUGUGGAUUCCAAGCAGGCUAAAAAGAAAAAGAACUGAUUAGACCUCAGAAGACCCACUGAACGGGAUGACGGCCACAGCUGAGGUAGAGACACCAAAAAUGGAGAAGAGUGCCUCCAAGGAAGAGAAGCAGCAGCCUAAACAGAACAGCACAGAGCAGGGCAAUGCUGAUUCUGAAGAGUGGAUGAGCUCUGAGAGUGACCCUGAACAGAUAAGCCUUAAGAGUAUUGACAACAGCAAGAGCUGCCACCCUAGGGAUGGUCAGUUGAAGAAAAAGGAGAUGCCCUCCAAGCCACACCGCCAGCUCUGUCGAUCACCCUGCCUAGAUCAUCCAAGCUUCUCCCAGAGCAGCAUUUUACAGGAUGGUAAACUUGACUUGGAGAAGGAAUACCAAGCUAAGGUGGAGUUUGCUCUAAAGCUAGGCUAUGCAGAGGAACAGAUUCAAUCAGUGCUAAACAAGCUGGGACCAGAAUCACUUAUUAAUGAUGUAUUGGCAGAGCUUGUCAGACUUGGGAACAAAGGUGAUUCAGAAGGGCAGAUCAACUUGAGUCUGUUAGUGCCUCGUGGGCCCAGCUCUAGAGAGAUUGCAAGUCCUGAAUUGUCUCUUGAAGAUGAAAUAGACAACAGUGACAAUUUGAGGCCAGUUGUCAUUGAUGGAAGUAAUGUGGCAAUGAGUCAUGGGAAUAAAGAAGAAUUUUCCUGCAGAGGAAUACAACUUGCUGUGGACUGGUUUCUAGAUAAAGGCCAUAAAGAUAUUACUGUAUUUGUGCCUGCAUGGAGAAAGGAGCAAUCCCGCCCUGAUGCACCAAUUUCCGAUCAAGAUAUUCUAAGAAAACUGGAGAAAGAAAAGAUUCUCGUCUUCACACCAUCCCGAAGAGUCCAAGGCAGGAGGGUUGUCUGCUAUGAUGACCGGUUCAUAGUCAAACUGGCUUUUGACUCUGAUGGCAUCAUUGUGUCCAAUGAUAACUACCGAGACCUUCAAGUUGAAAAGCCAGAAUGGAAGAAGUUUAUAGAGGAGCGGUUGCUGAUGUAUUCUUUUGUGAAUGACAAAUUUAUGCCUCCAGAUGAUCCUUUAGGACGACAUGGCCCAAGCCUUGAAAAUUUCUUAAGAAAGAGACCCAUUGUUCCUGAGCAUAAGAAGCAGCCAUGUCCUUAUGGCAAAAAAUGCACCUACGGCCACAAGUGCAAAUACUACCAUCCGGAGCGGGCCAACCAACCCCAGCGUUCGGUGGCUGAUGAGCUCCGCAUCAGUGCCAAACUGUCCACAGUGAAAACUAUGAGUGAAGGCACCCUGGCCAAGUGUGGCACAGGGAUGUCUAGUGCCAAAGGUGAGAUAACCUCAGAGGUCAAACGUGUGGCCCCCAAGCGCCAAUCAGAUCCCAGCAUCCGGUCUGUGGCUGUGGAGCCUGAGGAAUGGCUGUCUAUUGCCCGUAAGCCUGAGGCUAGUUCUGUCCCCUCUCUUGUGACUGCCCUAAGUGUCCCCACAAUCCCACCCCCUAAAAGCCAUGCAGUGGGUGCACUCAACACCCGUUCGGCCAGCAGCCCAGUGCCAGGAUCUUCCCAUUUCCCCCACCAGAAGGCCUCUUUGGAGCAUAUGGCCAGCAUGCAGUAUCCUCCCAUCCUGGUUACCAACAGCCAUGGGACCCCUAUUAGCUAUGCUGAGCAAUAUCCAAAAUUUGAAUCCAUGGGGGACCAUGGCUACUAUUCAAUGUUAGGCGACUUCUCCAAACUGAACAUCAACAGCAUGCAUAAUCGAGAAUAUUACAUGGCUGAAGCAGACCGGGUGUAUGCCCGGAAUCCUAACCUCUGUCCUGACAGCCGUGUGAGCCAUACCAGGAAUGACAACUAUUCCUCUUACAACAACGUGUAUUUGGCUGUAGCUGAUACCCAUCCUGAAGGCAAUUUGAAGCUGCACCGCUCAGCAUCCCAGAACCGACUUCAGCCUUUUCCUCAUGGUUACCAUGAAGCCUUAACACGAGUGCAGAGCUAUGGCCCAGAGGAUUCUAAGCAAGGACCUCACAAACAGUCAGUCCCCCACUUAGCUCUGCAUGCCCAGCACCCAGCAACUGGAGCACGUUCCAGCUGUCCUGCAGACUACCCCAUGCCUCCCAAUAUCCAUCCUGGGGCAGCACCCCAGCCAGGCCGUGCCCUGGUGAUGACUCGGAUGGAUAGCAUUUCUGACUCCCGCCUCUAUGAGAGCAACCCUGUGAGGCAAAGACGACCUCCCCUGUGCCGGGAACAGCAUGCCAGCUGGGACCCACUGCCCUGUGCAACUGACUCCUAUGGCUACCACUCCUAUCCCUUGAGUAACAACCUCAUGCAACCAUGUUAUGAGCCAGUCAUGGUACGGAGCGUGCCUGAAAAGAUGGAGCAGCUUUGGAGGAAUCCUUGGGUUGGAAUGUGCAAUGAUUCCAGGGAGCAUAUGAUUCCAGAGCACCAGUAUCAGACCUACAAGAACCUCUGCAAUAUUUUCCCUUCUAACAUCGUCCUUGCAGUGAUGGAGAAGAAUCCCCACACAGCAGAUGCCCAACAACUGGCAGCCUUGAUUGUUGCUAAGCUUAGGGCUGCACGUUGAUAUGACAUAGUACUUAUUUCUUUACACAAAUAUGAAUAUUAAUACUAAUAAUACACAAAUACGAUUAUAGUAACUAAUAAUUUGUGUUGCGCUUUACAAGUUAGAGUGUUACAUCAUUUGAGCGCAUAACAACCCUGUGAGGUAGGUCUUAAUAACAUCCUCUUUUAUAGAGAAGGAAGCUGAAGCUCAGUGAAAUUAAGUGGCUAGCCAGGGUCACACUGCUAGCAAAUGACCAAGUCAAGACACACACCCAAGUCCUCUAAUUCCAAGUCCCAUGCCCUGUUGCACUGCACCAUGCAGGUAAUGGAGGACAAAACCCAGGGGGAGAGGUCUAGACGCAAGAAACCCCAGAGGAUUUUUUUUUUUUUUUGAGACAGUCUCACUCUGUUACAUAGGUUGGAGUGCAGUGGUGUGAUCUCUGCUCACUGCAACCUCCGCCUCCAGGGUUCAAGCGAUUCUAGGGCUUCAGCCUCCCGGGUAGCUGGGAUUACAGGGGUGCACCACCAUGCCCGGCUAAUUUUUGUAUUUUUAGUAGAGACGGAGAUUCACCAUAUUGGCCAGGUUGUUCUCAAACUCCUGGUCUCAAGUGAUCCGCCACCUCAGCCUCCUAAAGUGCUGGGAUUAUAGGUGUGAGCCACCACGCCCAGCCUACCAGAGUUUUCAGUGACAUAUUCUAUAUUACAAAGUAUGGAUGAUAUAUCCAAUUUAGAGAGCAAAAGCAUUAGGAUCAGAUCAUAUGUUGAAUUAACCUUUUAGGUUUUUUCUAAUAGAAAUAUUUAAAGCUAUUUAAAAGUAAAUGCAUACUUUAUUGCAUGGAUCAUUCAGUUUUUCUUAACCAAGCUAUAGGGUCACAUUGAAGCUUCUAGAACUAUAUUUUAAACCUAUUAUUAGCAAUUAUAUUGCAUGUAUGAAUGUAUAUAUUUGGUUUGAGAUGUGUACGUAUCUCUGUAUAACCUUUCAUAUAGUGAUAAUGAGAGGGUAGGCUCUACGCAGUCCUUAGUCUAUAGCUGUAUAGGUCACUAAUCUGACUUGAUGAUUUUAAGUCACAUUUCAUAGUUUCAACUAGUUUUGAGAGUGAAAUUAUAUGGCAAUAUUUGAACAUUGCUUUCUUAGGCACCAGAGCAAAGCAGCUCUAUUUCCUUCGCACAUUUUACUUGCCAACAUUUAUUAACAGUUCUUAGCUUCCAAGUCUCUUCACCUUAGCAAAUUAGGGAUCAGGUUGCACUCUUUUGCCGAGGAACUGAUGGUUAAGCUCACACAAGCUCAGAAGAGUUUGACAAGGACCAGGGGACUUACCAACACAGUCCACUUCCCUUAUCCCAGGAGAGACGGCCAAACCCAUGUGGCAUUAAAUGGUGAAUAAAAAAGUUUCACUCAAGGAGGGAUUAUUGGAUGCUCUUUGGACUUCCGACCUAUGCAGUAUUCAACAUCCCAGGAUGAGAUGUAAUGGAGGACAGUGCAUAGCCAUGUAAUCCACUUUCCCUUGCUGUCCACCCUUUGGGUAAUAAGGUCAAAAAUCAUUGGUGGAACAGAAUUUCUUUAGGAAACAAACCCAGGGAAUUUGCUAGAUGGAAAAAGGCAGUUUCCAAAAGGGGAUACUGCAUCUUUGCUAGUAGCUGGCUCAGUUAUGCACUUUAAGUCCACGCAAAGAGAGUGCAUUUGCUGUUAAAUAAUUGUUAGUUAUUAGAAGGCAGGACUUUUGGUUUAGGCAACACCAUUUGCGCAACUUGUACCUUGCUCAGGGUGGAAAACUUUGUAGCUAAAUGCCUCUAGAAGAGGUGUUUGUUUGUUUUUUAAGCUGCACAAAGGAAUUCCCUUUUUGAAUCCAUUGUAUAUUUCAAUAUUUCGAACCAUGACCAGCUCACUAUUUCCUGAGCUGAUCAUAAAACUUCUAUGAUCGUUUUUUCAUGAAAGUUGAGAAGGCCGGGCCUUGGCCUUUUGUUUCUUCAUGAGAAGGUAUGACACUGCCUAUAAAUGUUUCUUACUGUGAAACACUCUGAAUGUGAGGCUGUAGUCAGGGUUGUUUCUGGUGGUUUGAUAAUGGCUUGCAUGCUGCUUUCUGGCUUUCUGUCUUUGUCCAAGUUGAUCAAUACUGCAUCUUAACCAAUGUUUCACUUCAGUUAACCAGAGCUUUAUAUUCUAUCUCCUAUCCUCUGAUCUUCAUAUACCCCAGCAUAUUGAAAAAUGUACAAGUAUUUUCUAUCAGGUAGGUCCAUAGAGUGACAGUUGCCACUGCAGUGCUUGCUAUUUCACACAAACACCAUUUCAUACGUUCAACUUCUUGGACUUUCUAAAUCGGCCCCGUGUCUAAAUCAGGGUAUUUGACAAUCUCAGAUGAUGCUACUGCCUAUGUGUGCCAGUUAGUUCAUCUUCCUACCAAAAUCAUCCAUGGCACCACAGUAUCCACUAGCUGUACAAUUUAUAGGGAAGCACAAGAUUAAUCUUGUCACCUGCAAUCAUCUUGAACAUGUUCAUAUUUAGUACUCAAAAAAUUUGUAAGCUCCUCCCAAUAUAGGAAAUAUUUUUUAAGGCAGCGUAUGUAUAUCUGAUUUACUAAAAACAAUGUCAUUCUCCUCUCAUUCUUCUUUUUGGUAUGAACCAAAAGCGGCUAGGAGCAAUGCCUCAAAUAACCAGAAAUGACCUUUUGUUGAUACAAAUUGUAUCUCUUUUUUUCCUGAUUGUAUAGAAACAAAUGUACAAAACUCACCUUAAGCUAGGUUUGGCACUGAAUUUUCACCAUGAUGUUUGUGGCACUGUGUGUCACAGGGAAGUAGCUCAGGGGUUGUGAGGGAGCUUUUAUUUCUAAAGGUCAGUAGUAAUUUAUAGACAAAGACAAUUUUUCAAGGCCUCUUUAUUACCAGUGCACAGCUAUCAUGUGUACAAUUUCAAGCAUUAUAUUGUGUAAGUUCUCUUUAGCCUAUUAAAUUUAAUAUGUCCUUGCAAAGGGAUUUUGUGUAAAAAGUGUCAGUGUUAGUGAAUCAUCUGCAAGAAUCUAUAAAUGGAGCUAUAUAAUUGAAUACAUAAAUACAGCAUGGUUCUUAGUUAUUAGAGAAAGAUUUUCUUUAUAUUGAGGUCUACACACUUCUUGACUUUCGAUUUUGUCUGUAAUUAUAAAACAGCAAAGAAUAAGGAAGCAUUGGGACCCCCUCGGAUGCCUUGAUAAUAAAAUCAAGCUUCCUUCAUGGGGCUAAGCAUGUGUCUUUCAGAAUACUUACUUCUAAGAACUCAGCAGGGGUUACUACAAAGUGUUUUGUGUGGUUUUCAACAAGCAGUAUAUUUUGCAAGAGAUGCUUUGUAAUUUUAAUUAUUUCACUGAUUUUCUGACCUCAUAGAAAGUCUGUUCCUGUUGAGGCCUUCAACUUUGUAGCUUUUCUGAAUUUUUUUCUUCUUUUUGUGAUUUUGUUGUUGUUUUCAUUUUGAUCUAAAGGAGAAGUGUGACCCCGGAGUGGCAUGGUCAAUCCAGGGCACCCUUUCUGUAAGACAACUCAAAGGAAAAGAAGCCUUUUCAAAGGUAAUAUCGAGCCAUUGCACUGUCUCUUAAGGUGCCAGGUAUGGAAGGGAGAAUGACAGAUGACUUAUGGAAAUGGUCUACAAAAUUUUUCUUCUAAGUAAUAAAAUAGAUAGCAUGAUUUUUUUUCUCUCUCUCUCUCUCUCUCUCUGUCCACCCCCUGCUAGAUUCCAGAAUACUUCACUUCUCUAAAAUUCACUUUUUCUACUUUGGAAUAAAUUAUCUUUAUACAGUAAUUCAAACACUGAUUUAUUUCCAUUAACCUUUGGCCCUGAGUUUUCUUCGAAUAUAGAAGAGUUCAUUUUGAGAGGCACUCAGUUACCAUUCUAUCUGUGCUGUACGUGUGGGACUUUGUACGAAUGCCUUUUGAGGGCCCAAAAUUUCAAUACACUUUGUUCUACUUUGUGAAUCAGGUCUGGAUCUGCACAGAGAAAGUAAUGCUGAGCUGUCCAAAGAGCCCGCUCAGGUCUCUCUCCUAACCCUUUUCUGCCUUUCCCUAGUUUGCUUAUCCUCAGGUCUGACACUGAGGAGUGCACAGUCUUCAACUGAAAUGGCACUACAGUUACUUCUCAUUGGAAAUAAGUGUAUUUCUGGAACCUGCAUGUCUAAAAUAGUCAAUGCCUUUGUAAAGACUCAGUAUAUUCAAUAUCUAUUGUAUGGUAGCUAGCUAUAUACAUAGAUUGACUAUUUUUAGUCCUGGUUUGUGUAUUGUUGAGCUAUAGUAGUUUGCUUUAUCCAUUGUGGGAUUAAACAAUACUGUUUAAUGGUUGUAAACUUUUAUAAAAUCUCUUUGGGUUUUUUGUUUGACCCAAACAUAAUGUAAGUCUCAAUGACAAAAUACACAAAGUUAACAAGAGGUGAGUGAAAAUAUAGCCCUUCGCCCAGUUUUGUCUGCCCCUAUAAUGCACGUGCAUUGCUUUGUAUAUGCUCUCACUAGCAUGAAUGUGCUAUGACUACUUCAUGAGGUUUUAAUUUGUUUCACCUACAGUUGUGAUGGAAAAUGCUGUAUCACUGACAACAAUGAACUGUAACCACAGUUAUUUACUGUAUAAACUAUUUGUCUAACUA